UAUGAAAGAAGCAAAGGCUGACUUAUUUGUAAACAUUGAUUACUCUUGCAAACAGUGACUGAGAGAGUCCCCGACAUAAGUUUUAAUAGGUUAAUUAUUCUAGUUUAAUUGAUCGGAUCAAAUUCUGUACCUGGCCAUGGAGACAACAUCUGGCGCUGAUCAACCUUUUUAUCUUAAUGAUGCUGAAACUGUUACUAGUGACCAUUUGAGAUCAAGUGAUAUGCGUUCUUUAGGAGAUAAUGUCAAGCUAUUAGCAGUUAUAGAGAACUUGGGUUCUGAUUUGGUUUCUAAGAGUGAAAACGCCUACAAAAAAAUUGAUGAAAUUGAUUGGGAAUCCGAGGUUAAAUCUGUAGCUGUAAAAAAUCUCAUAAAUGAAUUUCAAAUGUUGGCUGACUCGCAAUUCAUUGAAAAUCGAAUCUAUGAUGAGGACACUAUCGAUGUACAUGGUGAAAUUUCCGAGAAUCCUAAUGCAGAUUCAAGUGAUAAUAACAAGAGUUCUCCUGAUCAAAAGAUCUUGCCAAUUAUCCAUGAAUGUAUUUCAAACAGCUUACAGUUUAUAGAUGAAAAAUUUGAUCUUCCAAGUACACAGACCAGACAACAGAAUGAAUCAGACGAAGAAGAAGAUUACGUGAAAGAGGCUCUUGCAAAAGCAUAUGAAAACAAUCCAUUCAACAAAACACCUUUACCUUCAAUUAUCGGGAGCAAAGAAUUCUUCAAUCAACCAUUAUUCAAUGAAGGAGGAAAUCAAACAACAGAAACAAAUCCCGAAUAUUACUCUGAACCUUCUGAUAAAUUUUCUGAUGAUAAUGGUGAACUAGAAAGCCAAGACAGUGAUGAAGAAGAACAGAAUCUGUUCACUACGAUAAAUGAUUCAAUCGUAAAUUAUCCAUUAAACUCUUCAAGUCUGCAAACAGAAAAGAAAUUGGCCGGGAAAGAUGAGGUGGGCAUUCUUAACGGUUCAAAAUUUUCCGGUGGACAGAAGGCUGAAACUGAACGCAAGGCCAUAGAAAAAAAGCCUGAGUCUUUAAUGGAUGAAUUUUCUGAUGAUGAUGACGAAGACGAUGAUGAUUUGUUUACAACUGCUUCAUCAAAAGUUCGGACACCGAUUGACAAAAUAAGACAUAACGUGCAAAAUACAAAAGAAGAAAAAGCUGAUGAAGAAUCGAAAGAUACGAAAGUUUCAAUUAAAAAACCAUCCUCAAAUGCUUCCGAACCAAUCAAAUCGGUGCGAAACAGCAGCGCUCGAGCAGAAAGUGAUGACUCUUCGGAUGAUUCUUUAUUUAAUGACUUUAAAUCAAAGCUGUCAAAGAUGUUGACCAAUAAGCCAACGGAUGAUAAAAGUGAUUCCAAAAGAGUUUCGCGAGAAAUUCGCCCCCCUUCAAUUUCAUCAACCUCGAGUAAGGAUGCUACUGCGAGAGCAUCUACAGUGCAGUCUCACAAUAAUUCAUCUGAGAAAAAUUUGUUUAGCGAAACUAGCGAUGAUGAAAAGGACGAUCUCUUUGAGAUUAAGAAUAAAUCAAUUGCGCCCUCUCUAGUGAAGAAGAUUUCUGAUGAUGAUGACGAUGACGAUGAUGAUUUGUUUGCAACUGUCUCUUCAAAAGUUGGGUCACCGAUUGAAAAAAUAAGCCAUAACGUGAAAAAUACUAAAGAAGAAAAAGCUGAUGAAGAAUCGAAAGUUAUGGAAGUUGCAAAUAAUAUUCCAUCCACUAAUGCUUCCGAACCAAUCAAAUCGGUGCUAAACAACAGCACUCGAACAGAAAGUGAUGACUCUUCAGAUGAUUCUUUAUUUAAUGACUUUAAAUCAAAGCUUUCAAAGAUUUUGACCAAUAAACCAACAAAUGACAAAAGUGAUUUUAGAAGAGUGUCGAAAGUAAUUCGUCCCCCUUCAACUUCAUCAACCCCAAGUAAGGAUUAUGCUGCGAGAGCAUCUACAGUGCAAUCUCACAAUAAUUCAUCCGAGAAAAAUCUGUUUAGCGAAACUAGCGAUGAUGAAAAGGACAAUUUCUUUGAGAAUAAAAAUAAAUCAAUUGCAUCCUCUAUAGUAAAGAAGAUUCCUGACGACGAUGACGAUGACGAUGAUGAUUUGUUUACAACUGCUUCACCGAAAGUUCGGCCACCGAUUCCUAAAAUAAGAAAUAACGUGAAAAAUACUAAAGAAGAAAAAGAAGAUGAAAAUUCGAAAGUCAUGAAAGAUCCUCUUGCUAUUCAAUCUAUAGAGACUUCUGAGCAAAUCAAAUCAGCUGUCAAUGCUGCUUCCAUUACACUCGAUGAUAAUGACGGAGACGAUGAUGAUUUGUUUAAAACUGUUUCAGUAAAUGUUCGACCACCGACUCCUAAAAAAAGACAUAAUGUGAAAAAUACAAAAGAAGAAAUAGCUGAUGAAGCAAAAGUUAUGAAAGUUCCUCUUGAUAUUCAAUCUAUAAAGGCUUCUGAGCAAAUUAAACCAGCUCUCAAUGCGGCUUCCAUUACACUCGAUGAUAGCGACGAUGACGAUGAUGAUUUGUUUAAAACUGUUUCACCGAAAGUUUGGCCACCGAUUCCCAAAAAAAGACAUAAUGUGAAAAAUAAUGAAGAAAAAGCUGACGAAGAAUCGAAAGUUAUGAAAGUUCCUCUCGAUAUUCAAUCUAUAAAGACUUCUGAGCAAAUUAAAUCAGCUGUCAAUGCUGCUUCCAGUAGACUCGAUGAUAGUGACGAGGACGAUGAUGAUUUGUUUAAAACUGUUUCAGUAAAUGUUCGACCACCGACUCCUAAGAAAAGACAUAAUGUGAAAAAUACUAAGGAAGAAAAAGCUGAUGAAGAAUCGCAAGUUAUGGAAGUUGCAAUUAAUGUUCCAUCCUCUAAUGCUUCCGAGCCAAUCAAAUCGGUGCUAAACAGCAGCACUCGAACAGAAAGUGAUGACUCUUCAGAUGAUUCCUUAUUUAAUGACUUCAAAUCUAAAUUUUCAAAGAUGUUGAUCAAUAAACCAACAAGUGCUAAGAGUGAUUUUGAAAGAGAAACGCCAGUAAUUCGUCCCCCUUCAACUUCAUCAACCUCUAGCAAGGAUUAUGCGGUGAAAAAGUCUACAGUGCAAUCUCACAAUAUUUUAUCUGAGAAAAAUUUGUUUAGCGAAACUAGCGAUGAUGAAAUAGACGAUCUCUUUGAGAUUAAAAAUAAAUCGAUUGCACCCUCUAUAAUUAAGAAGUUUCCUGACGACGAUGACGAGGACGAUGAUGAUUUGUUUAAAACUGUUUCACCAAAAGUUCGCCCACCGAUUCCCAAAAUAAGACAUAAUGUGAAAAAUGCAAAAGAAGAUAAAGCUGAUGAAGAAUCGAAAGUUAUGAAAGUUCCUCUCAAUAUCCAAUCUACAAAGACUUCCGAGCAAAUUAAAUCAGCUGUCAAUGCUGCUUCCAGUACACUCGAUGAAGAUGACGAGGACGAUGAUGAUUUGUUUACAACUGCUUUUGCUAAAAUUCGGAGACCAAAUUCCUAAUUAAACCAUAAAGUGAAAAGUACAAAAGAUGAAAAAGCUGAUGAAGAAUCGAAAGUUAUGAAAGUUCCUCUUGAUGAAUGAUGAUGAUUGUAGAUGAUGCCAUUUGCGAAAUACUGAAAAUCAAAGUUUUCAGUCUAAUGGCCGGAAUCGUGAGAACUGUUGAUUGAUGGAUAAAAUUAUUUGAUCCGUGAUGUGUGGCAACAAUUCUAUGCACAAAAUAAAACUUUCAGCUCUCUAACUCUCAAGAUUAUAGAAAGCGAUCGGUUUAACUGAAAAUCGAACUUUUCUGAUUUUCAAAAGACAAAAAAUUCGAUUCCUCAAAAUAAGGGGAUUUUCUGGUUGUCAAUUGAAAUUUGCUUUAAUAGCUUGGCAAAAGGCGAUUGAAGUUGUAACUUUGAACUUGAUUUUCCAGAAAACUGUCCAUCGGAUGAACUAUUUCAUAAUACAAACGGGCUUAGUUUUUACGUCCUUAACAACUAACAGAGCCUUAAUUUGAAAGAAAUUAAUUUUUAUCUGUUUUGCCCAUUUGUGUCAAUUUGUGUCAAUUUUUGUUUUAAUGUGAUUGUUUUCAUUGUCUCUUUUUACAACCGUAAAACAAUAUUAUUGACAAUGCAAUUGUGGUAUUUGUAAAACUCAUGUCAAAUGAAUUAAGGUUAAGCAUUACAAAUUUUGAAUAAAAGUCUUGAAUUUAA